CAGCACCACCUUGUUCUCUGCUCUCUUAACUUUUUCUGGGGGCUUUCAAGCUCUUGCCGCUUGGAUCGGAUCUAUUAUUAUCUACCAUAAUCUACCCCAACCCCCUUUUCCUACGCCACUUGUAUUACAUAUAUUCAUCCUUAUUAACAACAACAAACAAACAAACCAACCACUUAAAAACAUAUUCUAUUAAAAAUAUUCAAAAAUAUAUAUAUAUAUAUAAUCCCACAUUUUCCUACCAAUUUUUCUCUCAGAAAACACGAGAAAAUUUCAUGUUCAUGGCCUAAAACCUCGUUGAUUCCGUCAAUUGGUGGGUGUUCUUUGGUGGGUCGGCUUUAAUGGGCAAUGUAACAUCGAGUGUGGCUGCGAAAUUUGCAUUCUUCCCACCUGACCCACCAACCUACGAUGUGUACAGAGACGAUGAUGGGAGGCUUGUCUUCACGGGACUCACCGCAGACAAGAACGUUGAUGUCCAUUUGCUAGACACCAAGGGUGGGAACAAGAUUGUGGCCACAUUUUGGAGACACCCUUAUGGGAGAUUCACGCUUCUCUACUCUCAUGGCAACGCUGCUGAUUUGGGUCAGAUGCAAGAACUCUUCAUUGAGCUCAGAGCUCACCUCCGUGUCAACAUCAUGUGUUAUGAUUAUUCAGGGUAUGGAGCAUCUUCUGGUAAGCCAUCUGAGUUCAACACAUACUAUGACAUAGAGGCUGUCUACAAUUGUUUGAAGAGUGAAUAUGGAAUUAAGCAGGAGGAUGUGAUUUUGUAUGGCCAAUCUGUUGGAAGUGGGCCCACACUACACUUAGCUUCUCGUUUACAGAGGUUGAGAGGUGUUGUUCUUCAUAGUGCCAUCCUUUCAGGCAUACGAGUUUUAUAUAACGUAAAAAUGACAUUCUGGUUUGACAUUUUCAAAAAUAUAGACAAAAUACGCAAUGUCAGCUGUCCAGUUCUAGUCAUACAUGGAACAAACGACGACAUUGUUGACUGGUCCCAUGGAAAGCGAUUGUGGGAACUGUCGAAGGAAAAAUACGACCCAUUAUGGGUCAAGGGCGGUGGUCAUUGCAACCUCGAAACUUUCCCUGAGUACAUUAAGCACUUGCGCAAGUUCUUGAAUGCUAUGGAGAAAGUCUCUUUCAAGAAAGAAAGCAAGUCACGCCAUGCUCCUACCACAAGUAUAGCAGAAUCCAAACACAACAAGUGCUUAAGAUUUGGACUAAGAUGACUCAAUCAUGUAGUGAACAGAGAUAGCUAGUUUUUUGCAAGGUGUGCUUUUAGUGGAAAAGAGUAUGCUCGCUUGAUCAACCCAGAAUUCAGCCACGAAGCUCACUUGGCUCUUUAUGUUUGUUCAAGGCUGUGAUAUGAUAAAAGUUACAUAUUUUUAGCCUAUUUAUUUCAGAUCUUGCUCAGUCAACCAUUUUUUAAGGGGUAACUCUUGCUGUUACCUUCACGGUCUGAUUGGUAGCAUGUUCUUUUGUCAGAAAGCUUUGAGAUUAUCGUCGCCUGACUUGAUCUGAAUUUCAUGUAAAAUAAACAGAGUCAAGGUUCAUGUAAUGUACAAACCAUCACUGGUUAAAAGAGUAAUGGAAGAGCAAAUAUUGGGCCAGUUCA